CAAAAAUCUGAACUGGUGUAAAUACACAAGACAGUCACUCAUGGAUGCUGGAGAAGAAUGGCAGGCCUAUCCAUCAAGAAUGUUUACUGGACCUUUAUUGUUUCUAAUGAUUUGUUACUUUGAUAGGGUGCAAUUCAAAGGACAGGUUUUGGACAAUGUUUUUCCUACAAUAAAAUUCUGGACCAAAGAUAGAAUUGAUAAAAGAGUGAAAGAUGAGAGGAAGCUGGGAUUUGGACUUGGCAAGGUGAAGCCCAGAAUCAUGCCUGUAGAAGAAGAAACUGAACAGAAAGGAGAUGAGCUGUUGACAAAGGAAGAGUGUGUGAAGGAAAUUGUGGCAGUCGCCCAAAAAUUCAGUGAUGCAUUUGUUGAGUUUUCCAAGCUACCGUCAACCAUUUCUAAGAAGUUCCCAAAUUCUGAUAUAUUGAAGAAGAUAUAUUUGACAACUUGUGAUUACUUUAUUAAUCAAGCAAAUGGAGAUCAGAA